GGGACCCCGGCACGUUCCGUCCCCCUCCCAACAUCGCCUCCGAGACCUCUGGAAAGCCCUUCUGCGGACAGAAGUAGGAAGAAGCCGAGGAAGAAAAAAAAAAGCCUUAUUUAUUAUCAUUUUCCCCACUGUUGGCAUGGCAACACCAGCGUACGUUACUGAGCUACAGGCAGCCCCGCAACCAUCCCAGCCACCACAGGCCCCGCCCCAGCCACCGCCGCCGCCCCCAGCGGCGCCCCAGCCCCCCCAGCCGCCUGCCACCGCUGCUACCCCCCAGCCCCAAUAUGUCACUGAGUUGCAGAGCCCCCAGCCCCAGGCACAGCCCCCAGGCAGCCAGAAGCAGUACGUGACGGAGCUCCCGGCCACCCCCACGCCCCCGCAGCCGGCCGGCGCACCCACCCCGUCCCCGGCGUCCCAGCAGUACAUCGUGGUCACUGUCUCCGAAGGCGCUAUGCGGGCCAGUGAGACUGUAUCGGAGGCCAGCCCAGGCUCCACAGCCAGCCAGACCGGAGUCCCCACUCAGGUGGUUCAGCAGGUGCAGGGCACCCAGCAGCGUCUGCUGGUCCAGACGAGCGUGCAGGCCAAGCCGGGCCACGUGUCACCCCUCCAGCUCACCAACAUCCCAGUGCCCCAGCAGGCUCUCCCCACGCAGCGUCUGGUGGUGCAGAGCACAGCCCCAGGCGGCAAGGGUGGCCAGGUUUCCCUGACGGUGCAUGGCCCCCAGCAGGUGCACUCGCCCCCUGAGCGGUCACCGGUGCAGGCCAACAGCUCCUCCAGCAAGACGGCUGGGGCCCCCACGGGCACAGUGCCACAGCAGCUGCAGGUCCAUGGCGUUCAGCAGAGUGUCCCCGUCACCCAAGAGAGGUCCGUGGUCCAAGCCACUCCACAGGCGCCCAAAGCUGGCCCCGUGCAGCAGCUCACAGUGCAGGGGCUCCCGCCAGUUCACGUGGCUCAAGAGAGCUCAGGCAGUCAGUUUCCCGCUAGGAAGGCAGAGCAGCAGGAGCCCCGCCGCUCCAGUACCUACCCCUACCCGGAGACGCCGCUGUACACCCAGACCGCGGGCGCCAGCUACUACGAGGCCGCGGGCACCGCCGCCCAGGUCAGCACGCCCGCCACCUCCCAGGCGGUGGCCAGCAGCGGCUCCGUGCCCAUGUACGUGUCCGGCGGCCAGGUGGUCGGCAGCUCCACCAGCAGCGGGGCUGGGGCCAGCAACAGCGGCGGCGCACUGGGCGCCCGCGACCUGGCCGGCACGCCGGGCCUGGCCGAGCUCAACCUGGCCUACAACCGCCUGGUCAGCGCCCGAGUGCACGGCCGGGCCUUCCGCCCGCUGCGCGCCCUGCGCAGCCUUGACCUGGCUGGCAACCAGCUGACCCGGGUGCCCGGCGGCCUGCCCCGCAGCCUGCACACCCUGCGGCUACAGCGCAACCGGCUGCGGGCCCUCGAGCCUGAGCUGCUGGCCGGCCUGGACCAGCUGCGGGAGCUCAGCCUGGAGCACAACCGACUCCGGAUUGGAGACAUCGGGCCCGGCACCUGGCACGAGCUACAGGCCCUCCAGGUGCUGGACCUCAGCCACAACGAGCUGUCCUUCGUGCCCCCCGACCUGCCCGAGGCUCUGGAGGAACUGCACCUGCAGGGCAACCGCAUCAGCCACGUGGGCUCCGAAGCCUUCCUCAGCACACCCCGCCUGCGCGCCCUCUUCCUUAGCGCAAACAGGCUUCACAUGACCAGCAUCGCGCCUGAAGCCUUCCUGGGCCUCCUGCACCUGAGUGUGGUGGAUACGGCGGGGAACCCCGAGCAGGUCCUGGUCCGGCUACCACCCACAGCUCCACGUCAGCCACGAGCGGGGGGCCCCUGAGCCCGGAGGGGCCCAGCAGCGCAGCCCAGACCUCUGGGGCUCCACUGGGCCAUGGACUGAGGAGACAGUGGGCACCGGGGGCCUCGACCAGGCUUUCUCAGGCCUUGAGGGCUGGGCCGCCUGACCUGUGUCGGCCAGGAGGCUGGCAAGGGCACCGCCUCCACACACAGGGCGCCCUGGGGGAGGCCGAAGCGGGCAGCUCGCACACCAGGCACACGCCCCACCCCCGCGCAGGUGGAGACAGCAACAAUAAAGCCUAAGCCUUCCGAGUGCUCGCCACCCGCCAGCUGCCCUUCACCUCGCAGGAGGUGCUCUCACCAUCCCUGCAACCAGCUGAGGAAGGUGAGGCCGUGGGAGGCUGAGAGGGUCAGGCGACUUGGUCCCAUAGCCAGUGUGCAGCAGGGCUGGCUCUCAAAGCCCCGAGACACUCGCGGGUCGCCAGGAACCGCCGCGUAAUGCCUGACCACGCGUGUCAACCCAGAUACGCCAAGGCCACCAGGUACAGAAACACAGGGCACGGCGGACACCCCGAAGCGGGCCACGGACCCUCCCACGUACCCCGGCAGCAAGUGUGCAAAGCAGACACAUCCUUCAGAGGCACAUGCCCCCCCAGAGCCUGCCCCUCUUGCAGACACCUUGCCAUCAACCCCCGGAGGGACUGUGGGGGGAGACCCAGCUAGUCACAGAGGGUGGGAGCAAGAAACAAAGACAGGACAGAGUGAGCCAGGCGUGGCCCUGGCU